AUGAGUAUUUCAAACAACUCUUUUGCAACCAUUGCUGCUAUAUUUUCUCUUCUACUACUCUCUAGCAUGCAAUGCCAUGCACAACUUUCUUCCACAUUUUAUGACCGUACUUGCCCUAAUGCUCUUAACACGAGUCGUACGAGUGUUAGACAAGCAGUUUCACGUGAACGUCGCAUGGCUGCAUCCCUUAUUCGUCUUCAUUUCCAUGAUUGCUUUGGUCAGGGUUGUGAUGCUUACAUCUUACUUGAUGAGACUCCUACGAUUGUUAGUGAGAAGACUGCAUUGCCAAAUCUUGGGUCAGUUAGAGGAUGUGGUAUUAUAGAAGAUGCAAAAAGAAAGCUUUAUAAAACAUGUCCAGGAGUCAUAUCAUGUGCUGACAUACUUGCAGUAGCCGCUAGGGAUGCAUCCACUCUCGUUGGAGGUCCAUCAUGGACGGUGAAACUUAGAAGAAGAGAUUCUACCACUGCAAGUCAUACUCUUGCAGAAACGGAUCUCCCUGGUCCUUUUGAUCCUCUUACUAGGCUUAUUUUUGGCUUUGCCAACAAAGGCCUUAGCACAAGGAUGUUGGUUGUUCAACCACAACUUAUUACUUCACAUCUUAUUUCACUACUUUCAAUUUAUGUGGACUCCCAUACGAUCACAUGA